AUGUUAAAAUAAUAUAAUGAAAUAGAUGUAAAUUAAACAGAAUAAACUUAGAAAUUGAAAAAGUAUGAAUUGAUUUAAGAAUGUAAAAUCAAAUAAAAUUAAUGGUGUGGAGCAAUUGCCAUUAGCUCUGAUAAUCGUAUAGUGAUUAUAGGUUGUAAAAACAAAUUAAGGAUAUACUAAUUUUAAUAGCAAAUGCUUAAAUUACUUUAAACCUAUAAAGCACACACACAAGAUAUAAAUACAAUAAACUUUUUCAAAAAGCCGAGCUAUAUGAUAACUGGAAGUGAGGAUAAACAGAUAAUUCUUUGGUCUUUGAUUAAUGGAAAUUCUAAAAAAUACAUCAAUAAAUAAAAAGGAAAAGAUGGAUAAAUCUUAAGUCUCAUUUUGAAUGAAAAAGAAGAAUAAAUUAUUUCUGGAAGCAGCAUUAUACAAAUUUGGAAACUUUAGAAUGGUUGGUCAUGCAUAUAGACAAUAACUGACCAUAAAGAUUUUGUUUGGGCUUUAAAUAUUAAUGAAAAUGGCAAUUAACUGCUUUCAUCUGGGUAUGAUAAAUUAGUAAUUAUAUAUAAAUUGAUAAAAGAUAACAGUUAAAAUAGCAAGUGGAAUUUAAUUUAAAAAAUUGAGGGAGAUGGUUUUAGGUUAUGCUGGAUUAAUGAUUUACUCUUUACUUUUUAAUUUUAUUGCAAAGAAUAUUUGAGUCUAUAUUAGAAAUAUGAUACUAAUUAGAUUUUUAGAAAAACAAAGAAUAUUUAUAUAAAGAAUAAUUCAACAUAAUGUUAUGGAUUUUUUCCAUAAAAUUUCAUUAAAGAGAAAAAAAUACUUGUGAAUAAAAAUGGAAGAACUGUGAAUAUUUUAUCAAAAUAGGAAAAUGAUAAUUUUAUUUUAGAUUAAUCAAUUUAGUUUAAUGAUUAUUAGAUACAAGGAUGUUUAAGUGAUGAUGGAGAGUUUUUAAUCACUUGGGAUGGAGGAAAAAAAGGAUCAUUCGAAAUUUAAAUUAGAAAGUAUUAAGAAUUAUGA